GCCCCGGGCCAGUGGGACCCCGCUCUGCCCCUGCUUCUCCCUGAACCCCGACCGAGUCCGGUAGUCAGGGGCGUGUGGAUCUCCUAGCUGCACCCGCCGUUCAGCUGCCACCCCGGGCGUCGAGCCGGCAUCAGCGUCUGGGACACACCGGAAGCCAGGCGGAAUUACCCUCUCUACAUCCGCAGCACCCCCAUGGAAAAUGAGCUGAAGUUCCACUACAUGGUGCACACGUCCCUGGAUGUGGUGGAUGAAAAGGUGUCUGCCAUGGGAAAGGCACUGGUGGACCAGAGGGAGCUCUACCUGGGCCUGCUAUAUCCAACGGAGGACUACAAGGUAUACGGCUAUGUGACCAACUCCAGGGUAAAGUUCAUCAUGGUGGUGGACUCCUCCAACACAGCCCUUCGAGACAAUGAAAUUCGCAGCAUGUUCCGGAAGCUGCAUAACUCCUACACAGAUGUGAUGUGCAACCCCUUCUACAACCCCGGGGACUGCAUCCAGUCUAGGGCUUUUGAUGGCAUGGUGACGUCGAUGAUGGUCCAGGUCUGCUGAGCAGGAACUCUGCUGCGGUCCCUUUGAAGAGAAGCGUGUACACGCGUGUCUGGAGACACCUAUUUAUUAUCCCUCCUCUUCCUGAUUGUAAUGGACAUACACGGGCCAGGUGGGCCUUGGGCCCAGUGCCUCUCCACUAAAGGCCUUGUGAGAUGUGAGAUCUGCCCUGUCCUGUGUCAGCAGAGGACCUACAGGGACCCAGUGUAGCGGGAAGUGUGUUCCCAGGGGCAUGAGGGGGUGGGGUAGUAUGCCUGGGGCCCUGACACCCUGCAGAUGGCAAGAGCUGUGACUGCAGCCAGGAGGCACAAAGAGUGGGCACAGGGUGGUAGCACUUGGCAUCUACUCCACCCUCCUCUGUUUCUGAGCGUUCUGUCAGCUGAACAGGUCAGGGGAGCCCAGAGCCAGCCUGGAGGGUUUUGUCGAUCCAGGGUACACACUUUUCCACUUGUAGGAGGGCCCUCUGUGUUCUGACCUACCAUCCAGUGAGUGUCAGUGUCUGGUUCUACAUCUCAGCCCAGCCCUGGCCUUGGGAGCCCCAUAAAAUCAGGAAAGCCUCAUGGACCACGCAUCUGAUCUGCUGCACUUUUCAAACACCAAAUGAGCAAAGCGUGAGUGAGAGCCUUUUCCUGUCCUUCAGGGCCCAGUUUGGCUAGGAGGUGGCCUACUGCUGCUCCAGGCCCCCAGGACCAGCCCUGUGCAGCCAGCAGCCAGAUGGAGGUAGCAGCUGCUGCUUGGGGUCAGGUGACUGGCACUGGCUCCCUUCUGGCCACUUGACGGAAUGGGUGAAUGAAGAUGCGUGGGAAGUGUCUGAGCCCAUGAGGACAAGUCUAGUGUCUUGUACUCCGUGCUGUCUUCAGAGUCACCGGCUUCCCCAAGGUGCCUCCCUCCCCAGCAGGGCAGUUUCUCAAGGAAACAGUAGGCUGUCCCCAGGAGUCAGGCUGGGCAUGGGAUGGAAGAGGAGCCGGUCUCUGAGGAACUCUGAACUGCCAAAGAGCACAGGGUUCAUUUAAAUUCCAUCAGAAAAGAAGCCCCAGGCCCCCAACCCCAGGUGUGUGAAGCCCUGAAGCAGGGCCAAGAAAUAACGCAAGCAGGCAGCGAUUCUUACAUGGAGGCACCCAGCGUGGGAGCUGAAGUCUAACGAGUGCUGCAUCUGCUGGGAAAGGGAGGGCUUCUGGCCAGGCGCGGGGGCCUGGUUGAGUUGUCAGGAGGGAUCACCCUGCCUGAGUGUUGGCUGCCGCGGGGGCUGCACAUCACAAUGUCCCUCUCCCUGCCUUCCUUACUGACGGAAGUGCAGGUUUCCUGGAGACUGUUGGCUACAUGAACACAUUCCUCCCUUCCCCAGCACAGGGGUCAGUGUUUAAGGUGUGUAAGUGGGUGGUGUUGGGAGAGACCUGUAGGAAAGAAAGGUUGAGCUGGCACAUGGAAUACCCGUCACCUUUUGUGUCUGUCCUGCCUGAACUUUGGAUGUAACCACUACCUCAGACAGCCCUUCUGAACGCAUAAGCAGGGUAGCGCAGAAAGUAAGGAGUCUGGGCCUGAGCUAGUUGUGUUUAACUUUCAUUCCAUGAGAAAAUAAAACGUACCCCCGUCUUGGUGAAGCCACUGCCCAUCUGGGUUUUUUGUUAGGUGCAGUGAGUGCCUUGUCCUGUAGGGAGUUUUCCUGCACGUUGUGGGGGAGUUGCCCCAUUGUAAGCGCUAGGAAAUGGGUUAGAUGUAGUCUGCUGGCCUUUGUGCUGACAUCAGACCUGUGGGAGGUAGUGUUCCAUCUCACCUCCACCCUGAUUCCUGACACCUGCCUCCCUAGGCUGUCCUCCACCCCAGGACUGAGCCCUGUCUUGGGGCCAUGGAUGGCAAUGCUAGUCUGCCUGUGGCGUUUACUCCACAUAACCUCCUCUCAUGCUUUCUUCUUCCUCGAGCCACACACCAGGGGCAAGGGCAGCAGUGGCUUGGGGUCCUCACCACUGUGUGGAGGCCAUGCACAGGGUGUGCUUUCAGUCUUCCCUACCCUUUGGCCUGUGCAGGCCUCUAGUCUGUGGGAAAGCAGGAAAUUCCUGGGCUCCCUCAGGAAUAGUAAGGAGUGAACUUACUAUGUGGGCCCAUGGCACUAUGGUAAACUUGCAAAGCUGAAGCUAUCCCCUAGGCUUGGCCAGUGACCCUGUGGGAAUACUUACUUCCCCACAGCUGUAGCCCAGUAGCUCAGAACCCUUGCAGCCCAUCUGAGCAGCUGGGCAGGUCUGCUCUCAGCAAGGCCUGACCCUAGGCCUUGGUCCUCACCUUUUGCAGUGGGUCUGGCCACUUCAUAGACUCCCAGAGCU